UCUACCUUACAGCACGCACCCAGCAGCUCUCUGCAACAGUGACAGCUGCCAAAGGUCUGCCUGUAUAACUGGGUACGUGUUUCCAUUUGGACGUGGUAUCCACUUACUCAAUAUGACUCUAACACUUCGUAGUCAGGCAUCAAUGGUGGAGCUGUAACUGAAGGAUUGAAUUUGUGGGCCAGGUUACAGAAAAAAGAACGUUGAAAUACCCCAGAAAGUAACUUAAAUUAUAUGGGAACUAUGCCUAUUGUAAGGGCAGUGUGUUCAUACGGCUGAAUAAGUAGUUAUUUGUUACUUUGGAAUAUCAGAAACUGUCAGAAACAAAAGCUAAACAUGAUAGUGGUACAGCCGAGGGACCUCGUGAUGUAGACUACAAUUGAAGGAUGGAUUCAAAUUGUCGGUUUACAAAUACAGAACAGUGGUAUCGUGAAACGUGACAGAGACAAAGUCGAUGGGUGAAACGUGACUAAAGAUUAAGAGGAGGUCUGAAUCAGGACAUUGAUUCGGCGGUCUAAAUAUGACAGAUUAAGACAAGAGUUAAGAUGUGAUCGAGACGAAGGAAAGAGCUUGAUCAAUACUAAAGGAAAGGGAUGAAGCAUAGCAGAGGUAAGGAUGAGAUGUUAAACGAGGCAAAAUAAAGGCAAAAGAAGAAAGAAUCGUGGCAGAUAUUUCAACACUUGGUGACUAUUCAAAGAGACAAGGACUAGAAGGAAACGUAAACGGAAUGCACGAGUGAGGAAACAUAAAAGAAGAGGGGGUUUACCGUAUGUAAGGAAAGAGGAUAAAUCCUAAACAAACGAACGAGAAAAAUGUUGUUGAAUGACGUGGAAAGAAAUGUAACAGGCAUUCAAUUAAAUGACAAAAAUUAACAUUGGUGAAUAUGAAAAGUGAAACGUCGCAAGUAAAAGUUUCACACGUAUAAAGAAUAUGGCGGAACAUGAGACAAAGCACCCAAAAAGAGUCAUUUAAUUGAAACUAAUGAAGGAAUUUUGUGUCUUUCCUUUAUGAGGAUUGUUUCAAACUAAAACAGAAGUGGAUAUUUUUACAAUAAAGAGGAAAAUCUGAAAUCAAUACUGUAUCGAGUGAAGACCGAAGUCUCAAAUGAAAUAUUAAUUGUGUUUUGCCUAGACUAUCAACGAUUAAGUAGUAUGGAGAUGGGUUCGAGUGGACUGUUACUGGUGAUGUUACUCCAUGUCUCCAUGGGAUUCUCCGUAUUGAAUUCCAAGCGUUUGUUUCCAACAUCGAUUGGAGGUAGCGGCAGCCGAAUGACGUCAACGAAUGAAGCUAAUGUUGAAGUAAACAUCCACCUAUCAAAUCAAAAAGGUUCGAAAGCAGAUACGGCGUCCUCCAUGGAGGUAAAUAAAAACGUGUUAAUGAAACAAACUGUCGUCAAGCAAUCAAACUAUCAAAAGUCGACAAAGUCGCCUCCCGUCAGAACACGGUUGUUGCCCGCUAUAAUUACUGACCUCGGGGUCGAUGAAACGGCUGAUAUUAUUAAACAAAUACAGCAGCAAAAUGUGGAUAAAAUGUCUGAGGAGGAUGCUAGUUUGAAUAACAUACACAUAUCUAAAGAACACGAUGUAGAUAAUGUAGACGAUGCAAUUGAAACCAACAAAAUGUUCCCAGAACACGUAAGGACUAAGCGUUCUACAAAUGACACAGCCGCUGCGUCAUCUUUUCUUGAUGAUCCAAACAAUGUGGCCAUGUUCAUCGUUCUACCAGCCAUAGUGUUCGUUUAUGGGGGAUGUAUCUGCAUCUACUGUGUACAUAAAUGCCAGGAUUACGUGGAGAGAGUGGAACCCCUAAAGGUUAUCAAACAGAAAGUAUUCGGGCUACCUCCGGAAACUCCCGAGCCGCAUAGCAGAGAAUGGAUGAAAAGGUUCAUGAAACGAAGACGUCCAACAAGUUCGCGGAGUUUACCUGACCCCGAAAGUACGCAAACGAAAGAGUUCGAUACAAGGUCAAUAUUCUCAGACACGGGCAUUUCGUACUUUAGAGAUACUACAAACAAAAGUGCAUUUUCAGAAACGGAUAUAGACUCCGGAGUCCAUUCGGAAGGAAGUCGAGCAAACGAUAACGUGAUUUACGUUGACGCAGAUUCCCCAGACAUUCAAAACUUAAAUGACAUGACCGUGGAAGUGAGACGAGUGGAGACAUCAGAGAUUGCGGUUCAGACUGAAGACAUCCAUAUCACCACCACUUCCUCUUCCGACAUGUGUGUCUUUACAUGUGAAACCGGUACUUCAAUGCAUGAAAAAACCCAACCUAAGAAAAUAAAGAAAAAAUCUAAUAACGUCAGUUCCAGAUAUCUAAGUUGGCUAAGAUCUGCCCGCGAAUUGCGUGAAGUAUUAGACAAUAACACCGAGCCACGAACCCUACACCAAAUGCUUAAAAUUGCGGCGGGGAAAGAAAACACAGAACGGCAAGACGGAACAGAGUCUGACCCGGAAGUGAAUCAACAAAAUACCAAGCAACCAGAAAGAAAGGUCGAAAAGAAACCAGAGCCUAAACGGCAGACCAGUUCUCCAAUAAUCUCUGUAGAACCGUAUCAGAACGAUUCUUCGUACAUAUCUAUUCACAAGAAAAAAGCAAACUUGUUGAAGCAACAUGGAAGCUUUAAAGGGUCGUCAAACGCCGUGACACCCCUAGAGACAAGGCACACGAGUGCCUCAACCUCCUCCUCCCGGGUUACAGACUCACCCCCGGGGGACGGCCCGCCUCCCUAUUACAGAUUAGGGGACGUGAAGGGGCCUUCUUACAUGUCUAUGUAUAAAAAGAAACCGAUUGUUGCAAAAGAAGGUGGGGGAGGUCGAGGAUCUGGAGACGCCACGAAGUAUGUUGGCAUCAACAGUAGUGAUACCGACUCACUAGUGUAAUCAAAUGUUGCUUAGCUACCUUCAUGCAUUCUGUGAUAUGUACAGCAAAAUUUGACGUGUCAGCAAGCACGUGCACACGUAAAUAUGAAAUUCUUUAUGUCAUAUUGUAGUUUAUAUUUAUUUGUAACUGUAGUGAUUCCCAACAUGUUUCUACUCUGUACAGGCCAUGAUUAGUUUUUUUCCUAUGAAAUUUCUCUAUAUCCAUACAAAUUAUUCAUAGAUUAUUGGCAUUUCAGACGGUUAGAAUAUUUUGAUAUUUGUCCUGGUAAUAUUGCAGAAAAGUGUUAACAUAAGAAGUAUGGACCAAGCAAAUCAAGGUCACUAACCCUAACCGAACCAAUUCCAGGUCCCUAACCCUAACCUAACCACCUCCAGGUCACUAACCCUAACCGAACCACCUCCAGGUCACUAACCCUAACCGAACCAACUCCAGGUCACUUACCCUAACCGAACCAAUUCCAGGUCACUAACCCUAACCGAACCAACUACAGGUCACUAACCCUAAUCGAACCAACUCCAGGUCACUAACCCUAACCUAACCACCUCCAGGUCACUAACCCUAACCGAACCAACUACAGGUCACUAACCCUAACCGAACCAAUUCCAGGUCACUAAACCUAACCUAACCACCUCCAGGUCACUAACCCUAACCGAACCAAUUCCAGG